AUGAGUGUUGACAAAAAGAACAAGGUUGUUCUCAAAUCCUGGCCGUUGGAGCAACUUAGGAGAUGGGCUGCCUCUCCAAAUACUUUUAAUAUUGAUUUUGGUGAUUACCAAGAUGGGUAUUACUCUGUUCAGACGCCAGAGGCAGGAAAGAUUAAACGACUCAUAGCAGAAUUUGUGGAUAUAAUACUUAUCAAAAAACAAUUAGUUGACCCUUUUGGUGUUGAGGGGGAUGAAGGGGCUAUUAUGAUUGAAGACUUUGUACAUCGAGCCCGUUCUGUUCCUCUAUCUGCCGAGGAUUUACAGCAAAUACAGGAAAGUGAAAAAGAUGUUAGAAGAGCAAAACCUGUUGAACCACAUGAACGUUAUGAACAAGUUGUUGUUCCAGAAGACUUAGUGCCCUCAAUGGAUGAACAAAAAUUAAUUGAGCAUUACCGCCCAAUGACAGUUCCAAUUCCGGUUGCAGAGUUUCCAAGGAGUUAUCAACGUCUUCCUAGCGCUCCUCCAUUAAUAAACAUCACCCAACCAACAACUCCCCAAUCCCCUAUUCAUUUUACCCAGACAGAACGUUACGAACAAUUACCCCCGCAAAUUUUUGAAGAAACUGCCAAAAUUUCACCACAAAAUCCACCAGAUAUUCUUCAAAUUCAAAUCCCACCACCUUUACUACCGCCACCUGUUUCUAUUGAAAUUAUUGAUAAUUCUAGAGAAAAGAAACCCUUACAACCUCCGAGUUCCCCACCAAUAAACACCACCAAAGUUGAUUUAAUUCAAGAACAAUCCGAACAGCAUCAUUUUUCGGCUUUUACCUCCAAUCAAAUUGCCUAUGAAAUUUGUUCUAAAGAGGGAAUUAUGCAUCGUUCAUACGAGCAACAUUUUGAAAACACAAAAAAUUUACAAUCAUUUACUGAAGUAAUCGAAAUAACAAUUAAACGGUUACUUGAUUGUAGUCAACAAACUUUUAAUUUUAAUUUGCCAACAUUAAAUAAUGAAGAAAAAGCAUCAGCCAUUAAAUUAGGCGAAGAUACAAUUCGCCAUCAAGCUGUCCUUUUCUUAGCCUGCACAGCGCAGGCGAUUGAAUGGACAUCCGAAUCUCAGCGUUUUGGACCUAAAUAUGGUCGCGCUUGUACGGCAAUUAAUCAAGGGGGUGAUUAUCUUUGCGAACUAAAUCAGUGCACAAAAGAGCUAGUCGCUUUAUAUUCAAAUCCCCAAUUUACCACCCAAAUACUUUCAAUAAUCAACUCUCUCAAUGAGGCUUUCAUUAAUUUUUUAGGUAAACUACAUCCCGAUUCUAAUGAAAAACGUUCCCAAUUUCUUUCAACUGCCAGUUUUGUAGGGGAAAGUGUCUUUAUUUUAUUAAAUUCAUUAAAUGCGGAUGAAACAGAAGCAAUUGAAGAAAAGAAUUUUUUUAAUAAUUUGAAUGAGGCUAUUCAAAACGUUGCUAAUUCAACUGCUGGAUUAGUUCUACAUGAGGCAAUAGCUCUCUCACGUGUAUUAACUUCUAUAAUGGCACAUCCAGCAUGUCAAAGAAGGAUUCAAAGGAUAACAAAAUUAGUAUUUAUUUCAAUUAAUGAAUUACUUGAAUUGGCAAAAUCAGAAGCCUUUGAUCAAUUUAAAUUGACUGGCAAAACAGAAUAUUAUCAAAAUUUACAAAAAUAUGCAUUAACCACAGAAAUUGCUUUAAACAAUUUAAUAGAGCAAAUAAAGACAUAA